AUGACUGGCUUUGGUCAAGGACAGGGACAAGGCGCCGGCCGUGGUGUCAUUCCACCAGGUCCCGAUCCACAUCCCUCUGGUGAUCCUCUCAAUCCCGGAUUCGAAAACUUUUUGCUCCGACCCGAACAUAAUUUCCGCUCGGAGACUCCCAUGUUUAUUCCCGCUGGGGGUUGGCGCGGUGGUCGACCUCCAUGGGAUCAAGAUAAUCUAGCUGCAUGGAGAACGGGACGCAAUCCCUUGACAGGAGGUGCUAGUCAUCAAUUCCAACAUACGGAAGGGGAUUAUAUAUCUCCGUGGCUCAAUGUGCCGGAUCAGAAUCAGGUUGUGGAAGCAACCGUCGAUCCGUGGGAUCUUAUCAGGGGAAUGGAUGCCAUGGCGCCUAUGGUACAACAACCAGUUAUUCCGCAGAGGGAAAUACAUUGGCAAGGACCUCAGCCAACAUCUAUUCCAUUGGGUCAACUUUUUGAGAGUGAAGCAAGAGAUUGGAGGAGUGGAAAUCCACCGACGAUGCAAGAGCAAAGAGGACUUCAGAGGAUCAUGCCGCAGAAUCCAAGCUUUGGAGGUCAGAUGGGAGCUUCUAUGGCUUCUGGGCCGUAUUUUCCCCAGGCAGGAUAUCAACAGUUCCAUCAACCACCACAGCAGUACCAUCAAGAGAUGGAUAUACAGAAUGCAACUUAUGGACAUGGUACACAAGUCCCAAGGAUCCCCAAACGUCUCACAUAUCAACAAAUGUAUCUUCCAUUACCACCGGGAGAAACGGUAUGGGAACAGCAAAGACUCCGACGACCACCUGGCCCACCAACCUGGAAAGAUACACGAGCCUAUUCCCCCGGGCCAGAUGGAGAAUUCGAUCCCUUCAUCGUCGAACAACUCGAGACCGGUACUUAUUCCCCGUGGUUAAGUGAAAUCGCCGCCAAUAUCGAAGCGAUCGAUGAGGGACCCCAACGACCAGGAGAAUCCAUGACUGCAUGGCGAGCUCGGGUUGUCACUUCUCGAAACGCAAUUGGGAUCGAACCUUCAGAAUUGAGAAAACGUCCAUAUACAUUUCCGACGACGGCGAAACAAGCUGGUGAUACUCCUGCACAGCUGAAAGCUCGAACGGCUGCUCGACGGAAAGUGAAAAUCCAAUGGGAGAAAGAUAAGGAGGUUCAUAAGAAUAAAAUGGAUCACACACAUAAAAAUUUCGAUCCAGCAUAUGCAACACAAUAUCGAGCUGAAAAGGCUUGUCGACAAUUAGAAAAUUCUAGGAGGAGAAAGACAGCUUUAUUAAUUGCGAGACGGAUUGCCGAGAGAGAUCAUCAACCAAGACCUACAACACCGGAAUUACCAGAGGAUAGUAGCGAUGAAGAUCUCCCAGCUAUGCCCCCUAGAGAUAGAACUGGGAUGCUUGCAGCUCCGGGUCCGAGAACCAAACGCUGUUUACGUUGUCAACACAUGAGGCAAUUGUGUUCUUUAGUAGGAGGAUCACCUCGACCUUGCACACGCUGUAGAGACAGUGGAGCAGAAUGUAAAUUACCUCGCGCCAGUCCUGCUGACAAAGCUGGAAGUGGAACUGCAGGGGGAACUGUAGGAGAAUAUACAGCUCAACGAUCAGGAUUCGCACCAAAAGCCAAACGUUGUUUGUAUUGUACACACAUGAGAAAACCAUGUACAUUAGUCGCAGGAUCGCCUCGACCUUGUGAUCGAUGUAAACAACGUGGGAUAGUAUGCGAAAUCACUCGGGAUUUGGAAGAUCCCAAUGCGCCCAAACCGGCAUGGAAAUUGAAACCACGAAGACCUGGUCCCAAAAGAGUGGCUGAUCCAGAUGAAUUUUCAGAUUCGGCAAUGGAUUUAGAUGAAGACGAAGAGGAUGAAGAAGAUGAAGAACCAAUUUCCGCUCAACAAAAAGCUAGUCUUUCGCGAAAGAGAAGAGCUGCAUUUAAUCCAAGACCAAGAAGGUGUUCUCCUUCAAGACGUCGACGUAGAAGUGCCAGUCCCGAAAUGGAGGAAGCUCCCAGUAUUCAAUGUGAGCCGUGUAAAGAUCAAUCUCGUCCUUGUGAUGGAGAACGUCCUUGUGGAACGUGUAGACUGAAUGGAACAGUCGAUAUGUGUAGUCCUGUCUCUUACUUUUCGAAAUACAGAGAACGGGAUUAUCAAGGAGCAAGAGGCACUUUACAACGUGCUGAUGAUGAUGACGAUUUAGAUCUUUCAGUGCCAGAGAGAGGAUACAAUGAUGUCAAUACUGAAUGGGAUAAACUAGCCUCGAAUUUCGAAGAAGCAGAUCAAGCGAUUGAUGAUAUGGAUUUAGGACCUAUGAUGAAUUACAGCUCCCAAGUCAUAAUGGAUUCAUUCGAAGCUGGCCAUCAAAAUAGUUUCUUCUCACAAAAUGCACAAAAUGAGCAUCCAGCUAUGGAACCAUAUAAACCCGAUCCAGAUGGCCCAUCAUAUAAUCGUGUCGCGACAGUUACGGAACAAGAUGCAUCAUAUAAUAGUCUUGCGCCAGAAGGACCAGAAUUUUUAUCCGAACCAUUUGGGGAUGUGGCACAUUAUGCUGCCAUGACUUUUGAUGGAGAAGGGAUCGAUUUCAGUACACCUAGAAUUCCACCUGAAUAUAGUGUCGAAAGUCCCGAUGUAGAAAUGCUUGAUCUAGAUGACGUUCUAAAUUCAGUUGAAGAACAUCGAUCUGGAUUCGAAGUAGCUAUUCAAGAAAAAGCAGAUCCCGAUCCAAGACUUCAAAUCCAUCCUCUAUCCGAUUAUCGACGAGAAUGGAAACAAGAUUUGAAGGGAAUUCGCAAGAAUAAACAUUGCGAUGAACUUAUCGGAAUCGAUAUUUGUUUCAAAUCUCCAGCAAAACAUUGCGAUUAUCUUCAACAUGGUAUCGAAGGAGGUGAUUGGCAUACUUGUGUACCUUGUCACAAAGAUCAAAAUAUUCGAGUUGCAGAUUCCCAAUCGGCACUUAUUGAAUACACCAAAUUAUAUUAUUGUGACGAAUGUGCGGCCGAGCUAAGACCACGAACAAGCCCUGGAAAAGUCGAUGCGGCGUUCAAGAAAGAAUACUGUACAUGUACAUCUCAGAUGAGAAAGACAUGGUUAUGUAAUACUCAUCGGAAUGAAGCUAUUAUGGAUGUAACGGAAAGAGCUCUAGCUGUGAAGAAUUGGUUGUCUAGAAAAGGUUUGUUGAAAUGUAAUGGGUGUGAUACGAAACAUUUUGGUUAUAGGACGGGUAUGUGGGCUUGUGCUUCUUGUAAAGAUGUUGUAUAUGCUUAA